AUGACGGGUUCUUUCCAGAUUGACGAUCAGUGGUGCUUCUUUUUUGACAUGACCUCCAUUUCCAGCAACCACGAAGUGAGAUUGGCAGAGCUCCGGGUUCAUCUGCUGCCCUUCUCUCAGGCAAGAAACGUCACUGUGAGCAUCUACCAUAGCCACAGGCACACCUGUCAUGAGAAUCAGACCUGCACAGACAAACUCUUCCUUGGCUCCUUUAUCAGCUCUUCCUCCUUCAGCCAUUCUCCCUGGAAGGUAUUUAACAUCACCAGCAUGCUCCGCUUCUGGCUCCACCAAGUUGUGAUUUCUAGUGAUGAUAAGGACGAUCCAGAUGUUCAGAACUGGGAGGAGGAGGACCCUUCUGAGAACAACGAUGUAGGAGCAGCCAGCUUGUUCCAGGAUAAAUCUGGGCAUAAUGACGCCAGCGAGUCACAGUGCGGUAUGGUGACCCACAGUGUGGCCGAUAGAGUCUUUCUUGUUAUCUUUUCCAAAGAUAAGUUCUCAGCUGCUUCCUCUCCUGCUCCGAGUCUCAUCAGGACGGUGGAGAUGUCAAAGCACGUCAUGUUGGACAACAACACUUCCAAAGAAAUCGGGGGCCGGCGGCAUCGGCGGAACAGAAAGCAAAAGCAAAGGAUUAAAGAGACUGAUCAGUCCACCGCCAGCUUUGGAGAGGAAGGCCGAUCUCUGUGCAAGAGAGUAGAUAUGAUGGUGGACUUUGAACAGACUGGCUGGGGAAGCUGGAUUGUGUACCCCAAGAAGUUCAACGCAUACCGCUGCGACGGAGACUGCCCAUCACCUGUGGAUGAGACCUUCAAGCCAACCAAUCAUGCAUAUAUUCAGAGUUUGCUGAAGUUAUACCAGCCCCAUCGAGUGCCUUGCCCAGCCUGUGCCCCAGUCAAAAUGAGCCCACUGUCCAUGUUGUACUAUGAGAAAGGGGAGGUGAUGCUGCGUCAUCAUGAAGACAUGAUCAUAGAGGAAUGUGGCUGCAACUGA